AUGUGUGUUGCCUUGGCCAUCAUUGUUCUUCUACUAGCUGGCGCUGGGACUAUUGCUGCUGUCGUCAUUGCUACCAGAAGCCAAGACAACAAUUCUGUCGCUGACCUUGCAACAAUGGAUCUGACUCCCUCACCCUCUCAUAGGAAGCACUGCCGAGGAUCCAACCUAGGAACAACAACUCGUCAUCACACCAAGUCGCACCCCACCUACCUCUCCGUCACAUUCCCCGUCGCCAACUCUACCUCCCACCCCAGCCCCCGUUUUAGAGCCGACACCGCCCUCAACUCCAUAUCCACCACCCCAAGCUAUCUGCAAGGACAAGUUUUCCGUGGAACCUCUUGGGCCCUACUUCUGCCCAUUGUCAUCCUCAGUACAAGAAGUGACAUCUUCCUCGAAGAAAUCGACAUAAAGACAACUGUGAAAGUUGAUGGCUGUGAUACUGGAGUCCCUGAAAGGUUUGACAAGGUUGACGAAUGCACCUUUUUGAUUCAACCAGCAGUGGAGAACUACACUGCUGUUGCCCCUGAUAACUCCAGUUUCGAUGAAUUUGUCUGCUUGGAAGACUUUUUGGGUCCUCUUGUGGCUGCAAAUAAACUCUCGCAUCUGGAUAACGGGAAGAUUCUCUUCUGUGGCGUCAAUAACACCCAACCCAUCGCGGUAUGUCAAGAUAUUGUCGACGCAUUGCCCGUUGCUUCGGACUGCUCCGUGGCAACGACAAUCGACCCUUUGAGGUUUGCUCAUCAGUCAUAUGACGCAGACAACGACACGCUCUUCUUUGAAGCGCAUCCGCCGGGCCCUUAUGGUAUUUGGAAUUCGAACUGUAACAGUUACGGUGUCCGAUCAUCGGGGAAGCUGCAAUACAUGCAGCACAAGGUUGACCGAACUGCCCGAAGAAGAUUAUGCUCCUUGGAUCGAAUAUGUUGA